AGUGUCUAACUAUAUUGUCUAAGUUUUUUUAGGUCAAUUCAUUUUCAUUAUUAUCAUUUUAACGACAUCCCCGCAUGCCUGAAGGACGAACAACGGUUUAUCCCUCCUCAGCUGGGCCAAGAUGGCGAUCGGUGUUAUGAUGGAUCUGUUCCGUCGCCACUCCAGGUUUUCUGCGGCCGGGGCCGUGCUGUUCCUGGCCACAGUCAUCAUGUACAGCUAUGCACAUAUCUUCAUGAUCUUCUGGUCAUUUGUGGGUGGAAUGGUACUCUGCUACAUGUUUUUUGGAAGGAACAAAAACAUGAUGCCCAAUUUCCUCAUCAUGUACAACCGCAAGAAACAGCCAAUGUUGGAUGACCUGGAAAUAGAGGCCCUGAGAAAAAGCUGCCCUGUAUGUGGGGACCCCAGAUGUGCUAGGCACAGGCCUGGUCUGUCCAUACUGGACCUCCAGCCAUGGACCAGUUUGAAGGUGACAGAAAAAGUGGACAUGGCAUUGUCCGAGUUUCUGGAGCUGGUCUUGAGAGAUUUUGUUUACACCUGGUACAGGUAAGUAUGAUGAUGCUGC